GCAAACAGCAGACGCUGGUCCGACAAGCAUGGAACAAAGAGCGGAGGACGAAUCCCCAGUAGAUGUUUCUACUCUACUGUCUCCCUUAGGAUACGUGCUUCUGUCAUUCUGGAUGCUGAUCGCCACUCUUCUUUCUGUCUUCUUUAACUCUCUGGUUAUUGCAGUAAUGUUACGCAACCGACAGCUUUUCCUCCCGACUAACGUCCUCAUUCUGGGACUGGCCAUCUCUGAUUUGCUCAUGACCCUCUGUGGAUCAGCUGUUGCCACUGUGACCAACUACUAUGGGCAGUUCUUUAUGGGGAGAGUACUCUGUGUCUUCCAGGGAUUCACUGUGAAUUACUUCGGCCUGGUCUCCAUGUGUACACUAACUCUGAUGGCUUAUGAGCGCUACCAUAUCAUAUGCAAACCCAUGGGUGCCUUCAAGAUAACCCUGCGACGCAACGUUAAAGGUCUUGUUCUAGUCUGGCUCUACUGUCUGUUCUGGGCCACAGCACCUCUACUAGGUUGGGGAUCCUAUGGCUCAGAAGGAGUCCAGACCUCAUGCUCUCUUGCCUGGGAGGAGCGCACCUGGGGCAGUUACAGCUUCCUGAUCACAUAUUGGCUCUUCUGCUUCUUUGUGCCCACAUGGCUGAUCAUCUACUGCUACUACCACAUACUGACUUCUAUUGGAAGGCUGAACCAGAGCAUAGAGAGUCAAGGAGGCAGGUCACGGCAAAAAGAAGACAGGCAUGCUAUGUGCAUGGUGGCUGCAAUGAUUGGUUCCUACUUCUUUUGCUGGCUGCCCUACGCUAUUGUAUCGAUGCUCGUGAUCCUUGUGCCAGAUAUUUCGAUAUCCCCACUGUUUGCCUCCAUGCCUGCCCACUUGGCUAAGACCAGCCCUGCAUAUAACCCCAUCAUUUUCUUCUUCGCCAAAAAACAGUUUUGGGACAUGGCUUUGGAAAUGAUAUCAUGCGGCUGCUACAAUCCUACUCUUCCCAGGGCAAGCGGUGUCAUAAAGGUGGAAAUAGUGGAGCCUGGCUGCAAGCACCUGAGUUCCAACACUAUUCAGCCUGAACCUGCACCUGACCAACUGAGACCCGAUGCUGAAGAAGGCACCAUAGUGAAAGGAUAAAUAACUGUUUGAUGAUGCUUAUUUUAUCAACACCUACUUACAAGCUUCUUGCACCAAUAAAACCCAAACAGUUGUUUAAAUAAAAAAAUCUAUAUAAGGUGUUCCUUCAAAAUCAUGAGUACCAAUACAAACUAUGUUGUAACUGAAAAAUAUAACAUACACUGAUCAGCCAUAAAAUUAACACUACAUAAUGUUAACUCAUUAAUUUUAUUAUCAAUUAUAAACUGGUAACAGGAUCAUGGGCACCCGAGGCUCAUUUAUGAUUAUCGGGACCAAAGGCCAGCACGUCCAUGCCAAUCCCACAGAAAUAAUAUUUUGUGGAAGGGAAUAAUGAAAGUCACCGAACACUCAAUCUACAGUAUCACAGCCCACAUGAAAUUCUUUCUUCAUUUUCUUCUUUCUCCAUUUUUUUAAAUGCAUGUACUUUUCACACUGACUAGGCUCAUACAGUAUUAUCUUAUAAUUUAUGCAGUAAAUAUAUUCUUCACCAGUCAACACACCACACUUAUUAAAUCAUAAAACUCUUUGUUGAAAAAUCCUACAUGAAGCCAGUUGAGAAGAUACUGAUCACCAAAAAUACAAAAUCACCACAAAUACAAAAUACACAUAGAGAAUAGUGAGUGUUAUAUUUCCAUAUGUUGUUUAUUAUUUCAUAUGCUUUUUAACAUUUAAUAUGUUAUUUGUCUUAAAGGUUCUACACAGUAGUGUGCAAAAGUACUAGGCACCAUAACUAUCUUAAGUUAUAUGUGUUUAUCAUGCAUGCAUUAUUACAUUAUGUAUUUUUUUCGAUUUUUCUAACAGACAAAGCUCCACCUGAAAUACUCCGUAGAUAAUGCAUGUCUCCAUUUAUUUCACUCAUUUUCCAAAUGCAGCAUUUCAGUGUCUAUGUAAAUGAGCUACUUCUGAACCCCACCCCUAGAUAGAUAGAUAGAUAGAUAGAUAGAUAGAUAGAUAGAUAGAUAGAUAGAUAGAUAGAUAGAUAGAUAGAUAGAGUAUUAUAUUAAUCCCAAACGAAAAUAGCAUAUGCUCUUUUUUCUCACAUUUUUUUGUUUG